UAGCCCUGGAAACAAGCAGUAUAAUUUAUAAUAAGUGUAUAUAUUGUUCUGAUUUUAUCAUAUUAAAAAUCAAAAAGGGAAAAAACAACAAAAACAUAAAUUUUAACACAUUAUAUUUUUAAAACUACAAACCAACCAAUGUCGUAUGUCAUCGGGCUACGAGACGGCUAUAAUCGUCAUCUAGCCCAACGACACACAGCAUUGGUUGGCUUGUAGGUUUAUAAUGUAUCGUUAUUCAUUAUAUUUUUGUUUUAACUGAACAUAACAGUCAUAAUCAAGUUCCUGAAAAAAAAUCAUGCAUAUUUAAUAUAUAUUUUAAUUAUUAAAAAGUAUGUAAGUACAGAGGGAAUCAUAUCAAAACACUGAUUUCACACAUCCUUUAAAACUUGAGAAAUCAAUAUCAUGUGACAAAUUAAAUAAACAUAUGCAUAUAUUUCAUCCAACGUUUAAUUAAAACCCAUAUUUUCCAAGUAUUAUUGUACUUUACGCCAGAAAAUAUAGGUUAUAUUAAUUCAAUCGUCCUUAAAAAUACACUCUUAUCUAUAGGAGUUACUUUUAAAGUUACAUGCUUAUACGCGUGUAUCGUACCAUUUGACUAAAGGUAACUUCUACCGUAAAUUAAUAUAUUACAUGUUUACCUUUCUAAGUGGAACCGUGCUUCUGAAACUUAUAUAUUCUGACGAUUGUGAAAUAUCGCUAGUACAACUAGAAUUUAGCAACUGAAACCUGUUAACAAAGGAUAAUAAGAUAAAAAUGUUUCUAAAUCUCCUUUAAAAUUGUCGAAAUAUAUAUAAAAUUCGCUCACAUUUCAUACACAUCGAUGACAGUCACGGAUGUUUUACGAGAACUGAACGUCGGUCGACGGACUCCACUCUCGACGUAAUGUCGGAGAUAUCAAAUACUGUAUUUGAAGACUUAAUUCGUAUUUACAAACAAGUUGAAGAAAACCAUUUUAUUAGAUGUGAUUCAUCAGCUGUUAUUAUACAAUCACUUGAAAUUGGAUUUAAGAAGACUAUUUCAUCAAAUGAAUUAAAUAUUCUUCUUUUAAGUGUAAAUACUCUUCAUUUAAUGUUUAUAAAGCUAGACAGAAGAAUGAAAGAUGAAUUUUUAUAUAGAGAAUUAUUAAAUGAAGAUAUUACUACAAAAUUGAUAAAUAUAAUGAUUACACAUCCUAACAAACAUGUCAUAUAUAGUAUCAAACAGUUAUUAAUAGAUAUUCUCUUUCAAUUUUCCUCUGAAAAAUCAAAAUAUCUUAAGGACUUCAUAUUUAAACAACUAAAAGAACAUAUUUUCUGUAUGAAAGCUAAUAAUUAUAGUUUGUUAGAAAUUGUGAGAGAUAUUUGUUCUUAUAAAUCAAAUAUCAGUUUGAAUUUUAAAAGUGAAGAUUAUGAAAUUUCUGAUGAAAGGAUAAAUGAAAUACAGCAAGAUAUUUUUUAUGAAUUAUUAGAAAUAUGGAGCGAUCUAGUUAUGUGUUUAAUUAAUAAAAAUGAAGAAGAAGAGAUACAAGAUAUUAUUUUAGAUAUAUGGCAUUUUAUUUUAACUAUGGCUAUAAAAAUUCAUCCUGUUAACAAAGAAUUUUUAACACUUAAACAAAGACAUGACUUAUUGGAAUUUUCUUAUAAUUGUUCUACCAGUAUAUGCUUUAAGUUUAUAAAUGUAAUAAAUCAGGUAUUCUCUGAGUGUUUAAAAAUUUCAAAUUUUCCUUUGGAGAUAAUUCAUUUUUGUAAUGAAAUUAUUUCUGAGGUAAUUAAUAAUUGGCUAUUUAAAAUUAAAUUUGAAUUAAACUGGAAUUUUUCUGGUACAAAAUCUAAAGAGAUAGGAAAUAUUCAAGAUCAGAAUAUUGGUAUUAUUUAUAUUUGCAAUGUAGUUUUGAAAGCUAUAAAUAUAGUCAUUAAAUCAAAUGAAAAAUUUUAUACUGAAGAAAUUUUAGGUGCACAUGAUAUGUUAGACAGAUGGUUAAGUUUUCAUAAAAAAAAUAGAAGCAAGUAUCCAAAUCAAAUCUGGCUCAUUGAAGUAUUCUUUGAUCAGGACGAUCAGUUAUUGGAAAUGAUGAUUUGUUAUCUUAAUUUAUAUAAUUACCUUAAAAGUGCCGAAAAUAUUACAACAAAUGAAGAUUGUUCAGAAAUUAUAAAUCCACAUAUCAUGUUUCUAGAAUUUCUAAAUGAAUUGAAUUAUGACUACAGUCUGUUACUUGAUUUUUUGACUUCAAAUGAAACUUGUAUACUGUUAUACAUAGUAAACUAUUUAAAGCUGAUUAGAAGUGAAUGGAACAAUUUUCAUAAAGCACACGAAAUAAUGAAUCAUUUAGCAAAGAAUAUUUCUGAUCAAUGUGACACAAAUGCUAUUGAUAAACCUUUACUAAAAGGUGAUUAUACAUUUAGUACUACUAAAAAGUGUAAUGAUAUUUCAGAAACUACAUCCAGUCAAAAUGAAAACAAUAUUUUUAAUCUUCAAAAAUCUUUUGAAGUGUUAAGAAAAUUAACAAAGAAGAUUCAAAAAUUAACUGAUAAAAAUUUAUAUCCUUACAAUGCUCAACCUUUAUUGUAUCAUCUGAACAGCUGUCUUAAACAAUAUGAUGAUUGUAGAGAAUAAUAAAGUUAUUAUUUAUUUAAAAUGUGUAUAUUAAGUGUACAUUGAGAAUCAAAUUUUUUAAAAUACAAACAAAGAUUUCUUUCUCAAAUAUCCAUGUCACUUUUAACUACAUUGGAGAUUUUCAAAGAAAAUCGAUAAUGGUAUUUCUAUUUAAUAAAAUAAAAUUUCAAUACAAAUAC